AUGAUGCAGACACUAAGACGCUGCAGCAGCUUAGCAGAAACCGUAGUAGACUAUGAAGAUAUCCUUAUCGAAAUCCUUUUGCGUCUGCCAGUUCGACCUCUGGUCCGCUUCAAAUGCGUCUCCAAGCACUGGCUCUUUCUUAUUUCCGACCCCAAGUUCUGUCAUCGCCAUAUGCUAAAGAAUCCACACCCGCCCAUUUCCGCCUUCUUUUCUCAGAUGUCCAGCGAGUUCGGUUUCGUCCCUCUCCACUUUGAUCAUGAUCCGACUAGUAUUAGAACUCGUGGGAACCAAAACCUAAUUGAGUCUGCAAGGUCCUGCAAUCCUCUGAAUUUCGUACACAGCCUACACGGCAUUGAGAUUGCCCAGUCCUGCAAUGGCCUCUUCUUGUGCUGUCUCCAACCUCCACGAUACUCUUACCCAACUACAGCUAGUACACUUGUUUAUUAUGUUCUCAAUCCCACAACCAACAAGUUCACCACACUUACUCCUCCAGCUGCUGCUGCGGCCACUACUGAUCAUCCCCGAAUCUUUGGCUACGGUUUGGCUUUUGACCCUUCCAAAUCACCUCAUUACAAAGUGGUCUUCCUUUGGUUUGUCAAUGAGCCACCUGGAGGCUGCUGGUACCCGUACUAUCACAUAGAGAUAUAUUCGUCUGAGACUCGAAGCUGGAGGCUUCUUGAUACUUCGUUCGACACUCAUCCUGAUGUAUUCUACAAUGUGGGCGUAUACUGCAAUGGCGCAGUUCAUUGGGUAGGGAGCGAUGGUGAGAUGUCAUACUAUCACAUAGAUGAAGAGCGUGUGGGAUUGGUUGAUGGUUUCACUGAUAGUCAGGGGUGGAAUAUCGGUUCGAUACAGUAUAGAUAUUUUAGGGAGUCUCAUGGUGGUGGCCAGUUGCAUCUUAUUGAUAUUCAUAGAAAAUGUUAUACUAAAUUUCAAGUCUUGGAGACGGGGAAAGACUACUCUGGCUGGUCUGUCAAGUACAAUGUUGAUCUUGAUCCCUUGUGCACAGCUUACCCGCACUUCCUGCAGAAUGUUUUCGUUGUUCUCUCCCUUGCUCCUGAGGAAAAUGAAAAAGAUGAGGAAAGUUCUUCUCUUUUGCUGCAUGUUCCGGGUAAAGUGAUCUCUUAUAAUCUUAGGAAUAGCACCUUUAAAUCUACCGACUUAACUCCAAAGGCCGGUGUUGAUGAUUCUUCUUGUCGAAUUGAUAAGAAGAAUCAUCGAUAUGUUGAGAGUUUGGCUGUUGUGUAA